UAUAGCACUGAAACAGACCACUCUCAUGGAAAAUGUCACGCGCUUAAAACCCAAGCUCUAACUAAACCCCCGCCUCUAAAACCCUAACAAGAUUCUCCUACCUUUCUCCCUCAUCACUAAAACGAUGAACCAAAACGACGGCGAACCGGCUGAAGAAGAAUGCCUCCCCAAACCCGAAACUUUACAAACCCUAACUGCUACCCAUUUAUCCAGUUCAAUCCCGAACCUCUCCGCCUCCUCUCGCGCGAUUCCGUCGAACAAAGACUUCCAUUUCUACUACAACUUCGAUGAAUUCAAGGUCCCGAUUCAGGAAAUCGCAGCGAAAUCUCAGUCGCUACUCGAAUCAAUCGGGUCUUCCUCUUCAAAUGAUUUAUUCAAAGAGAAAUUACAGUUCCCUAGCGAUGUCGACAUCGACGAGGCUUAUGAUUGGUUGGUGAAUGUAAACGACGAGAUUUUUGAGCGUUUUGAUACUUCAAUUGACGAAUUCAAGAGAGUCCGAGAGGAAACGGGUCGGGUUGUGGGCGUGGAUAAUGAGGAUGGGUUUCAAUUGGUGCUUGGGAAGAAGAAUAAGAAGUUAAUGAAGGAUGCGUUGAAUGAUGACUCGGCGAGUUGUGCUGGUGUUAAGUCAGGAGUGAAAGUGGCGGAUAACAAGCAGGGGAUUUUGGGAAAUAAGGCAAAGGUCCCGUUUCAUAUACCUACGAUAAGAAGGCCGCAAGAGGAGCAUAAUAUUUUGGUUAAUAAUUCGAAUAGGGGUUUUGAGCAUGUUUGGUUGGAGAGAAGCGAAGAUGGGUCGAGGGCUAUUCAUCCACUGGAAAAGCUCUCUGUUCUUGAUUUGGUGGAUAAAAGAAUUGGGGAUGUUGAGCCUGCGCCACCUCUUCCAACAGAGAGUACUCCAUUUAAGCUUGUGGAAGAAGUCAAGGAUUUGAAGGAGUUGGCAGCUAAAUUGCGUGGUGUAAAUGAAUUUGCGGUUGAUUUGGAGCACAAUCAGUAUCGAUCUUUUCAAGGAUUGACAUGCUUGAUGCAAAUUUCAACUAGAACCGAGGAUUUUAUUGUUGAUACAUUAAAACUUCGAAUACAUGUUGGCCCAUAUCUUAGGGAAGUUUUCAAGGAUCCUGCCAAGAGAAAGGUCAUGCAUGGAGCAGAUCGAGACAUUGUGUGGCUUCAACGUGACUUUGGCAUAUAUAUCUGCAAUCUGUUUGACACUGGACAGGCCUCGAGAGUGCUGAAGCUGGAAAGAAAUAGUUUGGAGUACCUUCUGCAUCACUUUUGUGGGGUCACUGCCAAGAAAGAAUACCAGAAUGCAGAAUGGAGACUACGCCCUCUUCCUGAUGAGAUGAUCAGAUAUGCCAGAGAAGAUACCCACUAUCUGCUGCAUGUAUAUGAUUUGAUGAGGGCAUUGUUACUCACAAAGCACAGUGACCAUGAUAAUGGCGAUCCACCAUUGGUAGAGGUCUACAAACGCAGUUAUGAUGUAUGCAUGCAGUUGUAUGAGAAGGAGCUUUUCAAUGAAAAUUCGUAUCUCAAUAUGUAUGGGUUGCCUAAUGCCGGUUUCAAUGCUCAGCAGCUUGCCAUUGUUGCAGGGCUUUACGAGUGGAGGGAUGCCAUUGCCCGUGCAGAAGAUGAGAGCACGGGAUAUAUAUUGCCAAACAAAACUCUUCUUGAAAUUGCCAAGGAGAUGCCUGUUACGCCUAGCAAAUUACGUCGACUGCUGAAAUCAAAGCACUCAUAUAUUGAGCGGCACCUUAGUUCUGUUGUUAGCAUCAUUAGGCACUCCAUGCAAACCUCUGCUGCUUUUGAAGCUGCUGUUCAACAUUUAAAGGAGAGAUGCAUGGAAACAGCCUCACAAAAAGAUACAGAAGUUAAUCAUGGUUGUGAAAAAAAAAGCGUUCAUGUUGGCAAUGGAAUGAAUGGCAGUGUGGCUGCUGAAACUUCUGUGCAGCUGAAUAGAGGGCUUCAGAAGCAGGGAAGCAGUAUUGUUGAACUUGGCAAAGAUGGGCAAGAAAGCUCUGCCAAGCAUCAUGGUGAAAAUGGUGGAGUGAAGACUGGAUCUAGUAGUUAUAUUUCAGAUACAUCUCCAGCAGCAAAGGUUGCUGGAGCAACUGUUCAGAUUCUAAAGAAGCCAACUGGUGCUUUUGGGGCCCUUCUCAGGGGUGCAGCAGCAAAGAGGAAACUUGGUACUGAUAAAAAGGUCGGGGAAGAGGUCAAGUUAGAAAAGAUAAGAUCUUCAGUGAACCUUCCAUUCCUUUCUUUUAUGCCCAGAAAUGAACCUCCAAAACCAGUAGUCGAAGAGCCCAUUGUUUCAGAAAUUUCACAUCCUGGAGAAUCUUUGGCUGUCCCAGCUACUGUUUCUAGUUUGCAAGAUAUAAUAAUGUUGGAUGAUGAUUCGGAUAUGGAACAAGACACUCUUAUUGGAGAACCAGAGAGAGAUGAUACCAAGACCACAAAUGUCAACAGGGAUGACAAAUCUUCAGGAACUGCUUUGGAAACAGACAUAGUUGAGGAACCUGUUUCUCUGUGUGAUUUGUCUACAAGUUCCCAAAAGCGCUUCCAAUCCAGUAAUCAAAAUAGAGGAACUGCAGAAGGUAAGAAAUCUGGAGAAUCAAGUAGUGUUUUGAAGCUGAAGCCAUUUGAUUAUACUGCUGCACUCAGAUUUGGUGAAGGCCCGACAGAAAAGUUGGAAGUAGGGAAUGACAAAAAUCAGAGGGACGUGCGUGUUUCUGUGGGUAAGAUAAAAAGUUCUCCAGGAGCCCCAGUACAAAAGGAUGAUGAGACAGGAGAAUUUCGUGAAGGCAGAAGACGUCAGGCCUUUCCCGCAACUGGGAAUAGGAGUGCAACAUUCCGAUGAGUGCGUUAGGAGUGUAGUUGUAGAAAACAGUUAAAGAUAAUAUCUUGUCAACGCUCUGAAAUUUAAAACAACUUUUCACGUUACCAUCCAAUGCAGGAUCGCAGCAUUUUCCUCUUAUGGAUUCCUCGGAUCAUAAGCACCUUGUGCAUUGGUGACAGCUUGUGUUUUCAUGGAAUUCAUUCCCACUGGUUGGUAGGCUUGUUAUGCUAUAGGUUAUGUGUGGAAAAGGGAUCAAGUUGGGUCGGCAGUGAUGUUGGGGGAAGGCAUGCUUGUGUUUGUUUGUGAUUGCAGGGGGGAUUGAACGGGAAGGUUGGAAGCAUUUAUCAUAGCAGCAGUCCGUCCUCUCGUUGCAGUGGGAGACAGAUGAAUGGUUUCUGCUCAAGGCCUUGCAAAGCCGACGAAGGCUGAA